ACAACUUUACACCUGAAUGAACGCCAAACCUCUGUGGAUAUAUAAAGGGAACCUUGAGGAGGAAUUUCACAGUUACAGUGCAGAAGCAGAGGGAAGGGAAUUAACCAGCUCUUCAGCCAAGCAAAUCCUCUACUCACCAUGCUUCCUCCUGCCAUUCAUUUCUAUCUCAUUCCUCUAGCAUGCAUCCUCAUGAAAAGCUGUUUGGCUUUUAAAAAUGAUGCCACAGAAAUCCUUUAUUCACAUGUGGUUAAACCUGUUCCAGCACACCCCAGCAGCAACAGCACGCUGAAUCAAGCCAGAAAUGGAGGCAGGCAUUUCAGUAACACUGGACUGGAUCGAAGCAGUCGCGUUCAGGUGGGUUGCCGGGAGCUGCGUUCCACCAAGUACAUCUCUGAUGGCCAGUGCACCAGUAUCAGCCCUCUGAAGGAGCUGGUGUGUGCCGGUGAGUGCUUGCCUCUGCCAGUGCUCCCUAACUGGAUUGGAGGAGGCUAUGGCACCAAGUACUGGAGCAGGAGAAGCUCCCAGGAAUGGAGGUGUGUCAACGACAAAACACGCACGCAGAGAAUCCAGCUGCAGUGUCAGGAUGGCAGUACCCGCACCUACAAGAUCACGGUUGUCACCGCCUGCAAGUGUAAGAGGUACACCCGGCAACACAACGAGUCUAGCCACAAUUUUGAGAGCGUGUCCCCUGCCAAGCCAGCCCCACAUCACAGAGAGAGGAAGAGAGCCAGCAAAUCUAGCAAGCACAGCAUGAGUUAGAACUCAGACUCUCAGACUGGACUAACUUAGUAGACCAUCUGCUUUACAGAUUUGAUUGCUUGGAAGACUCGAGCCUGCCACUGCUAUUUUGCUCACUUGAAAGUAUAGGCUUUCAGCUUUGAUCAAACCCAGAAAGCUGUCCUAAGUAUCAGGACCUUCUCUGGGAAUAGCUUUUUCCUUUUCAAGUUUUUUUCUUCUUCAAAAUGUAUGAGUGCAAUUUUACAUUUUAAUUCCAUGCAUCCUGUAGUUUUAACUCCUCAUCAUUCUUAAAAGACUAUCGAUACUAUGUAAAUGACUGAAACAUUAAAUUUGAAAACAGAAAAGGGUCUCUCUUACUCUCUGUUUCCAUUCCUGAGCCCCUCCCCACUCUUUACAAAUAAAAACCCUUCAAAACUGAAAAGAAGUGUCGCCAUGAAUCCCCACAGGAACAUUGCAGAAAGGUGCUUUUUGGGGUCAUUUUAAUGAGAAUAGCUUAGCAGUCUUGAGUGGUCUUCCUUUAAAGGAAAGAGGAAGACUUUGUGGCAUAUCACUUAAAAAAUAUGCCCUGUAGCUUUCUCCAGCUGCACGGUACAAAAUUAUACCCUGCAUGCUGACCCUGGCUUGGAAUGGAAUCCCAGAAAUGCAUGGCAGUAGCUAAUAAGUAAAGCUGAUUAUUUAUUUGUCAAUGUUGUUAUUUAAUGAGCUUUCACAUGUGAUUUUUUUCAAAAUGUUAAUUUUUUAGUGUUUUGAAGCUUGUCAUGUACCUAAAAUAUUUUCCUAAAUGAUUUGUGCUUGAUCUAGAAAAUAUGAAAAUACAUGUUGUAGAUAUGUAAAAUAAGUAUUUUAGUCGCCAUAUUACACACAUUUCAUCAUUAACUUUAUCAACAGUGUGGAUCUUUAAAAAUUAAUAAGAUGCUUUGGAAAGCUGAAAUAUGUAUCACUUUCUUAGUCUGUGCAAUCAGGUGACUUAACUUUCAACUUCAUUGGUUUCCUUGAACAAAAAUAAACACUGCUAAAAGUUA